ACAGCUUUUCCUGCACAAAGAGCACACCAGAGACAGCCAUCCACCCACCGUCCAGCCAGAGUCUUCUCUCGCCAGUGUCCAGCGAAGCCCUCCUCCGGCCCUCUGCCUUUGCUCUGGCAUGGCCCAGGGAGUGACCUAUGCUGACCUGAGGUUUGUGAGGAGCCCUCCGGAGAAGAUCCCGCAGGAAGGGAACAAAGGGGAAGGGGAGCUCACCUACGAAAACAUCAAGGGUCCCAGGCCCUCGGAAGGAGAGGAGACCCCCAAGGAGAGCAAAGAGUCCAGUCCAUGGGUCAAGAAGGCCGCCCUGGGCCUGCUGACCACCUGCCUCUUCUUCCUGGCCACCGCCGUGGGAUUUGGGAUCCGAUACUGGCAGGUCUCUGGUCAGCUCAGGUGGGCAUCCCAAGACCAUGCUGACCACACCAGUGUCCUGGCGCAGAUGGUCAGUGCCCAGGAUGAGAGCCUGGCGGAGAUUGAGGUCCAGCUGCGCCAGGCCAAGACGGACCUCAACUCCACCCGGGAGACCCUUCGGAAGAACCAGGCGGCCAAAGAAAUGACCCAGAAGCAUCUGGAGAAGAUGGAAGAACAGCUGAAGGAAGCCAACCGCAGCCUGGAUGCCGCAAAGCGGGAGAAGGAGCGGACGGCAGCCGAGUUGCGCCAGGCCACGUCUUGCCAAAAGAUUGGCUGCUGCCCUGAAGGAUGGAGGCUCUUCCGCUGGAAAUGCCUCUGGGUCUCCUCCGGGCCCAAGAGCUAUUGGGAAAGCCAGGAUGAAUGCCAAAGGAAAGCCUCUCAGCUGCUUGUUCCAAAAGCGCCUUGGGACCCCAGAGGACUCUGGGAGGCUUUGGGGGCAAAGGCUUCUCUGCCGCCCGACGAAUACUGGAUCGGACUCAAAAGAACCUGGUCUGAAGAGAAGUGGAGAUGGGUUUUCCUUUGGGUCGAUGGGUCGCGCUACGAAGGAGCCCUGGAUCCCUAUCAACACACUGAUCCCGCCUGCUUCAAAGUGACCCAGGGGAACCUGGUGCGAGAUUCCUGUUCACACAACCAUCGAUUCAUCUGCGAAAGGCCAGCCAGCUCCACGCGGCCGGACCCAGACCCCAGACCCUUUUAGGCGGAGGGAGGUCAGAGGGGCCCCAA